GAAACACUCCUUUACAUCUUGCUGUGAUGUUAGGAAAUAAAGAAUGCGCACAUUUACUGUUGGCUCACAAUGCUCCAGUAAAGGUGAAAAACGCUCAGGGAUGGAGCCCUCUGGCGGAAGCCAUCAGCUAUGGAGACAGACAGAUGAUCACAGCUCUUCUAAGGAAACUCAAGCAGCAAUCCAGGGAGAGUGUUGGAGAAAAACGACCUCGGUUAUUAAAAGCCCUGAAAGAGUUAGGUGACUUUUACCUAGAACUUCACUGGGAUUUUCAAAGCUGGGUGCCUUUGCUUUCCCGAAUUCUGCCUUCUGAUGCCUGUAAAAUAUACAAGCAAGGUAUCAACAUCAGGCUUGACACAACUCUCAUAGACUUUACUGACAUGAAGUGCCAACGAGGGGAUCUAAGCUUCAUCUUCAAUGGAGAUGCUGCACCCUCUGAGUCUUUUGUAGUGUUAGACAAUGAGCAAAAAGUGUAUCAGCGGAUACAUCAUGAGGAGUCAGAAAUGGAAACAGAAGAAGAAGUUGAUAUUUUAAUGAGCAGUGAUAUUUAUUCUGCAACUUUAUCAACCAAAUCGAUUUCUUUCACACGUGCCCAAACUGGAUGGCUUUUUCGGGAAGAUAAAACAGAAAGAGUAGGAAACUUUUUGGCAGACUUUUAUCUGGUGAAUGGACUUGUUCUAGAAUCAAGGAAAAGAAGAGAACACCUCAGCGAGGAGGACAUUCUUCGGAAUAAGGCCAUCAUGGAGAGCCUGAGCAAAGGUGGGAGCCUGGCGGAGCAGAACUUCGAGCCGGUUAGAAGACAGUCCCUUACCCCUCCUCCUCAGAACACUAUUACGUGGGAAGAAUACAUUUCUGCUGAAAAUGGAAAGGCACCACACCUGGGCAGAGAACUGGUGUGCAAAGAGAGCAAGAAGACAUUUAAAGCCACUGUAGCCAUGAGCCAGGAAUUUCCCCUGGGAAUUGAGUCAUUAUUGAAUGUUCUAGAAGUAAUAGCACCCUUCAAGCACUUUAACAAGCUUAGAGAAUUUGUUCAAAUGAAGCUUCCUCCAGGCUUUCCUGUAAAAUUAGAUAUCCCUGUGUUUCCCACGAUCACAGCCACUGUGACUUUUCAGGAGUUCAGAUGUGAUGAAUUUGAUGGGUCCAUCUUUGCCAUCCCUGAGGACUACAAGGAAGACCCAAGUCGUUUUCCUGACCUUUAACUGAUCCAGAAGAGCAAGAGGCUACAAGUGGCAGGGUCAGAGCUUCUGUAAGCAGAGGGUCGACAGACACAUCAGUGAUGUGAUGAGAAAUGGACCUCUAAUAAAACGUCCGAAGCUUCCUGA